GAGUUGUAUUGCGUGCCAAGGCAGUUCAUAUGGUUGUUUAGUAAUUUUGCGACAAUUAGGGUUUUUGGGGUGUGUAUUAGGGUUUUAGGGCUACUUUAACAUAUUGCGACAAAAAUGAAGAAAGCGAUGGUGGUUUCUUCGGCGGGACUUUGUAUAGGUUAUUGCCUGGGUUUGUUACUCAACGAAUCUCGGAAGGAAAAACAUGUUUUAAUAAGAAGCUUAAAAUCUGUUUCAAGAUGGAUUUGGUGCAACUCAAUCGACUACUACAAUGCACUAAUAAUAAACCCCGUUCCAUGUUCAACGGCCGAUCAAGACGCCGUUCCAUGUUCAACGGCCGAUCAAGACGACUCUUCUUCGCCAAAAAUGCCAGAUGGCGACAAUGAACUUACCGCCGAAAUAAGACACGUUUCGCCUCACUUUCUGACCAAAAUCGAAUCGUUCUCCUUGCUUUCCGAGUACGGGAUUGAAAAGUACGAAACAAGAGUAUUCGAAUCCGGAGAUUACAAAUGGAGACUCAUAAUCUAUCCCGAUGGGAACGAGAGCCAAGAUAAAGGCAAUCAUGUUUCCGUAUACCUAGCCAUGGCCGACACUAGCUCAUUACCCGUAGAUUGGGAGAUUGAUGCUAUCUUCUCCAUCUUUCUCUACAAUCAGAUCUCAGACAAAUAUCUAUGUUAUCGAGGUAUACACGAACAAAUUUAUUUCUUAUUUUCGGCUCUAUGCUUUCUAACGCUUUAUCUUUUAUGAACUUGGCCAGUAAGUUUCAAUGAAAC